GACAAUAAUUGACUUUUUAUUCAAAAUUUCAACUUUUGAUGAUCUUGAUGAUUCUUUUUGUAAUAAAAGGAUAACAGUGAACCUUUAAUUGUACAAAGUUCAGGGAUUUUUCUUGGCAUUAUACCUUCUCAUGUGCAUGUGGGGCUAUCAACCCGUUCUCAUUUGGACUUGCUUUUUCAGGAAAGGGCUAAAAAUCAGUUUGGGUGUUUCUACGAAAGCUCAUAAGGGUCAUAAGGAGUUCUGCUGAUGAAGCCAUUCUUCAUUAUUAAAAUUGCUUCGUCGCCAUUUUUAUGAACUCUCUUUUCUUCCAUAACUUUGUUUCUCCUCUGCAAGCUUUAAGAUCUUAAUUUUCCAGUUAUUUUUGCACCGAAGUACCCUGCGCAAGGACUAAGGUAAGGAGCUAGGUUUGCCUACUUUCUUGUUAUUUUGAUCAUACAAAUUUUCAAGAUCCGGUAUACAUGAGACAUUUUUUCAUAUAAAAGAUUUUAGAGUUU